AUGGCGGCGGCGCGGCAGCGGGGCCCGCGGGGCUCGGCCGUGCUGGAGCUGCCCCGCAAGCCGCGCCUGGUCUGCGUGGAGUACCCAGGGCUCGUCCGGGACGUCGGGGCCAUGCUGCGGACGCUGGGAGGAGAGCAGGGGGUGUCGCGGAUCUACGCCGACCCUGCCAAAAGGCUGGAGCUGUAUUUCCGCCCCAAGGACCCCUACUGCCACCCCGUGUGUGCCAACCGCUUCCCCACCUCCACCAUGCUGCUCAGGGUCACCAGGAGGAGCAGGAAGAAGCAGCAGUUGGACCCCGAGGAGCAAAUCCAGCCAGAAGUGCAGUUUGAGAUGGAGAUUCUUGGGAUUGUCACCACUGUUUACAAAUUUCAAGGAAUGUCUGACUUCCAGUACCUGGCAAUGCACUCUGGCCCUGAUGGCAAGCAAACCUCCAUGUAUGACAAAGUCCUGAUGCUCAAACCAGAGAAGGAAGAGUUUUUCAAUAAAGAUUUACCUCUUUACAUCCCACCACCCAUUUUCUCACGCCUGGACACUCCUGUGGACUAUUUUUAUCGCCCAGAUAUACAGCACAGGGAGGGCUACAACAAUCCCCAGGUGUCUGGUGAGAACCUGAUUGGCCUCAGCAGGGCCCGGCGCCCACACAACGCCAUCUUUGUCAACUUUGAUGAUGAGGAAAUCCCAACUAAGCCCCUGGAUGCUGCUGUACAGAACUGGAAGAAAGUGUGCACCAAUCCUGUGGAUAAGAAGGUGGAGGAAGAGCUGAGAAAGCUCUUUGAGGUGCGUCCCGUGUGGUCUCGCAAUGCAGUCAAAGCCAACAUCAGUGUCCAUCCAGACAAGCUGAAGGUGCUGCUGCCUUAUUUGGCCUAUUACAUGUUAACAGGUCCUUGGAGAAGCUUGUGGGUUAGGUUUGGGUAUGACCCCAGGAAACACCCUGAAGCAAAGAUUUAUCAAGUGCUGGACUUCCGAAUUCGCUGUGGAAUGAAAUAUGGUUAUGCUGCUACUGACAUGCCUGUGAAAGCAAAACGGAGCACGUACAACUACAGCCUGCCCAUCACUGUCAAGAAACAAGGAAGUCACACAGUCAGUGUCCACGACCUGAAACAGGGGCUGGGUUCAGCUGGUACAUCUGGGGCAAAAAAGCCCCCCUCCAGCAGGUAUAAGCUGAAGGAAUCUGUCUACAUUUUCCGGGAAGGAGCCUUACCCCCUUACCGCCAGAUGUUCUACCAGCUCUGUGACUUAAAUGUGGAAAGCCUGCAGAAGAUCAUCCAUCGGAAUGACGGCACCGAGUCGGAGUGCACGGAGCGGGACGGGUGGUGCCUUGCCAAGACCAGUGAUGACCUCAGGGACAGCAUGUCCCUGAUGAUAAAGCAGAUCAUCAGAUCCACCAGACCUGCUCUUUUCUCAAAUACAACAAGCAGUGAAGAUGGCAAAGAGCAGCUGGCAUAUGAGUCUGGAGAGGAUGAGGAUGAUGAAGAGGAGGAGGAAGAGGACUUCAAGCCUUCUGAUGGGAGUGAAAAUGAAAUGGAGACAGAAAUUCUGGACUAUGUGUGAACUCAGUGAGCAGUGUGGCUGCUGUGGACAGAACUGUCUGCUCUUGCUCCUUGAGAGCCAAGGGUUCAGGGAAAGCAGAGCUUGUGCUAAGCUGAUGAUGUUCUCUGCACUGACUGCUGGUGGGCAACAUUCUGGGUGUUUGGGAGCCACUGCUGCAUUUUCAGAAUUGCUGGCUGAGAAACCCUCCAGCAUGCUCAAGAAACUCCCAAGAGCGAGCCCAGAAUCCAAACCAGCUGGUAACACACCUGAACAUGGGAGAAGCUGCAUUCCCACAUCUCUCCAUGUGUGGGAGUGCACUCUCUCCAGGUUGGUGGCCAUGUGGAAAAUAGAAAAGGUGCCUGAGGAGAUGCUGGGAGAAGAAACAAUCAGUUCUCCUGGAGUCCCUAAGGCAGGUUCUGCCCUUCUGCUUGUCCAGAGGGAGUGAAAAUACUGAGCCAUGCCUUCAGCACUGAGCCUUGCUGGUCAUCUUGGAAAUAAAGCCAGCAAGAAAAGA